GGUUUGAAACAUUUAAUUCAUUUGAGAGGACAAGAGUGGCAGUAUAACUAACGUAUGCUGACAGGGUCAUUUUAUGCACAUUUCGCACGAUUAAAUCGAGACUGUCAAGUGAACUUCAUAUCGCACGGUGUCGUAUUGUCUUCCCGAAAUGGCGGCAUCAAAGCCUCUCCUCAUCCCUUGGUUGAUCGAACAGAUUGACAGUGGGCGAUACCCUGGGGUGAACUGGGCCAAUCAGGAGCGCACGGAAUUCUGUAUCCCGUGGAAACAUGGUUUGAGACAGGACUCUUCUGAUGAUGAUGUUCGAAUUUUUAAGGCAUGGGCAGAGAUAAGUGGUGCGACCCAUACUGAUGCCUCAGUGUGGAAACGCAACUUCCGCAGCGCUCUCCGUGCCAAAGGCUGUGAAAGGAUCACAGACAAGAGUAAUGAUGCUGCUUACCCCCACAAAGUGUUCCGGCUGCCCCAGAGAGAGCAACGCAGGAGAUACCAGGAACCUGUUGUAAACCCAACUCCAGGUCCGCCACUGGCAAGUCCAAUGCCAACUGUUGAGAAUCUUGCAGAAGACACACCUAUCCAAGGCAUAGUAUAUGCCGUGCCUGAAUAUUCCUACUCACCAGAUGGACUAUCCCCUGCAGUGGAUAAAGAUGUGCUUGAGCAGUCUUUGAUGGGAUUGAAUAUUUAUGAACCUCAACAAGUAAUAAUGCAGCCUGCAGAAGUGGUGUCAGCUGUCGUGAUUCCAGAACAGGAACAUUCUAGCACCGAAGCAAUGGCCACAGACCACAGCAUGCAGAGAAUGGAGCAGCUUACGUACACAAUGAGUUCAUCCGUGGUGAACGGCACUCUGAGUACCCAGUUUAAGGUGUCAGCAUACUACAGAGGAGUGAAGGUUUUGGAACAGCUGGUGGAGAAUAAUGCAGGGUUCAAAGUAUUGUUCAGGCCUGAGAAUACGGAGUCUUCGAGUGCAUUUGCUAGGUCUGACCCUGGGCUCACACCAAUUUACCUACCUGGAACAGACCAGGUCACAAUUUAUGACAGGACACAGGCCCGGCUCACCCAGCAAAUUCUGGACAAGCUGGGUGAUGGAUUAGAGGUAUUGGUUGGUGGGUCAUCAGUGUACGGACUGCGAAGAGGUGGCAGCAAAAUCUACUGGAGUCUUUGUAAGUUUCCGAACAGCAACAUUCCUCAAGAGGUCAGCAAACAAGAAGGACAGAUCCUGUACUCUAUGAAGGAUUUCAUCCAAGGGCUGAUGAAUUUCAUAAGCAGUGGGGGUGAAUCCCCCUCUUUUUCCCUCUUCUUUUGCAUUGGGGAGAAAUGGCCAGACCCGGAACACAAGCCCUGGGAGAAGAAACUCAUCAUGCUGGAGGUCAUCUUAACUUCUUUGGAGUUGCUGAAGUUGAUAGCAGUGGAUGGUGGCGCCUCCUCUCUCCAGUCCGUGCAGCUGCAGAUCUCUGAUAAACCCAGCCUAAUGGAUGCACUGGAACAGUGGAUGGACACGUUAGAGAGUUGAUAUAUUGCUGCUCUAUGAAACUAUGGGUUGAUGUGCGGCUGUGCAAUUACAGUUAUGGGGACUCAUUUAUAAAAUGGACUUACGAUCAAUUUUGAUCUUAAGUAUGACUUACGCGGAAAACCACGUAUAAGUAGUUAUUUAUAAAACCUUACUUUGACAUGGAAAUGAUCUUAUCUCUACGCAGUCUAGACUUGACGUAAGUGAUUUUCCUGCUGGUUAUGUAUGGCUAUUUUUUUCCCCUUGCAGUUUAAGGUCAGACCACUUCUUUUUCAGAUCAGCCACAGUUAUGUCUUGCUGCCCCACCUCGUUCACUGCAGCGGCGACACACUCCCAAGCUACCUGUUUGGCUUUGUUUGUCAACCCACUAUUUAGUCCACUGAAUAAUACGUGUUGCCUGUCUUCAAUCUCCUCUACCAUCGCCGUGAUCUCGUCUUCCAAAAAGUUCGCUUUUCUCUUUU